AUGCAGCAAGUCAAGCAGUUGCAGCAGGUAGAGCAGCAACAGCACCAGGAACAACAGCAGCUGCAACUUCAGCAAGCCCUGCAGGCAGAAAGGGAUCAUUGGUCCGCUCGUCUACAAGCAGCCAACGACGAAUGGCGCAGGAAACUGGAAGACGAGCAGAGGCAGGCGGAGGCCAAACUGCAGCAGCAGCAACGGGAAGCUCCAGCCUGGCACGAACUUCACGCUCUCGCCCUGGAGUCACGAAGGCAUUCCGAAGAGUUCAAACGCCUGCUGCAAUCGCUGCAGCAGCAGCAGCAGCAGCAACUGCAGCAGCAACAGCUGCAGUUGCAGCAGAUGCAGCAGCAGCUGCAAAAGCAGCAAGGGGCAGAUGCUGCUGGCAUGGAGAGACAGUGUGAAGCCUGUGGGCGGCAGGCAGAGAUGCAGAGUGCAGUGGCAGCGCUGCAGCAGCAGCAGCACUCGCUGCAGCAGCAACAGCAGGCUCUGGUGCUGUUGGCCCAGGAGACAGCCAAACUGAGGGACGAGACGGAGCAGCGCACGAGGGCAGCAUCUGCUAAGCUAGCAGCAGAGUCACUGCAGCUACAGAGCCUGCACCGUUCGUUGUUGGAGAGCCGACAGCAGCAACAACUGCUGCAGCAACAACAACAACAGCAGCUGCAGCAGCAGCAGCAAUUCAUUGAGCAACAGCAGCACGCCUUCGCUCAAAGACAGCUGCAGGCAGAAAGCGAAGUGGCCACAAAACAACUUGAACUUGACCAGAAAGAGCGGGACAUCGAACGGAGAGAAGGCCGCCUGGCAGGCGCAGUUGCCAUCCAGGAAAAACAACAAAAGGCCCGGCGAGAUUAUCUGCAAACAGCGGAAUCCCAUUUGUUGAAGCUGCAGAGUGCCCUGCAGCAAGAGAGGCGAGCCUAUACAGCCAUGCACACUCACACGUGCAUACACACCCAAAUAGAUAGCAAACACAUAUAUACGAGCAUAAAGAAGCAGACACAAGAACUGACGGAGACGGCCUUGGCUUUGGAGGAGAAGAGGCGGGCGCUGCGCCGGUGCUUCGAAGACAUGGAGGUGCAGCGACUGGCAUUCGAAGGACGCGCUGCUGCUGCAGCGGCAGAAGCAGAAUCAGCUGCUGCAGAAGCCCGGAAUGCCAAAACGCUGCAGCAAGAAAGUCUUCGAGCCAAAGAGGCAGUCCACCAACUCCACCGCCAGGCCAAAGACGCAGAGAGGCAGCAACAGGAGCAACAAGAAAUCAUUAAAUCGCUCUUGAGAGAAGUGGAGACUAGUCGGCUAGAGCUGCUGCGCAUGCAGCAGCAGUCCGGACAACUGCAUGUACGCCGUUUGUCCAGUGGCCGUUGUUCUGUAACGGGAGGCUCAAGGGCGCAUUUGUCAUUUGUUCUAAACCCCGAACCUAUAGUUCCGCACAGGCGCGUCAGAGCUUUCUUCUGCAGCAACAGCCACAGCUCCAAAUCCUUGACGGAGGUAGCAGACGCUCCCCAAUCCAGGAGUUACAACCAUCAUGCUUCUAAACGCCUUCUCCCUUUGCAACACCUCCACCCAGAAGGUGCAUUUCAGGAGGCGCUGCACUCCUUGUCCAGAACAAGUGAGAUCAUAACGCAGAAAAGAGAAGCUGCUCAUGAGCGACUGUGGAGCAUACGCAAUACAGCCUUCAACAAUUCCAGUACAAGCCACGGAGACCUGCGCCAGAUUAUGACGAGCGUAAAGGCCUUCCACGCUGGCCUAACGCAUCCCAACAGUGCUUCUCUGGGCCGUCCACCGCCUCUCACUUGCAUUCCGCAGCGGCAGCAACACCUUCAGCCCGCCGACAACGGCAUUUCGGAGUUUACUGACGGUUAG